CGUCUUCAGAUUACUUUUGACUCUACUGAGAGUGACACUGACGCCAGGAUAACCAACAAAGAACACUGAUCUGUGCGUUAGUGUGGACAAAGUGUCUCACAAAACACGAUAAACACUUACAAAGAAGUGUGAUCAACUUCUUAGUGAUAUUGUGUGAACAAUUGUUGAUGAACAGUGUAACAACGAGUGUUGCGAUCCAACAGAGUGUAGUGCGACAUUCUUCAAAGAACACUAUUCUUCAAUCAACUCAACGGAUAUCCGGGCGUAAUUACGGGUCAGAUACAUAUACCCAGGGCAGGUAAACCGCCUGUAGGAUUGCAUUUGGAUGUGGCCAAAGGUGAAAAGUUAAUUCAGAAACUGAUGAUAGACGAAAAGAAGUGCUAUUUAUUUGGUCGGAAUCCUCAGCUGAAUGAUUUUUGUAUUGACCAUGCUUCAUGCUCUAGAAUUCACUGUUCAUUAGUGUAUCAUAAGCACCUGAACAUGGCCUUCCUUGUAGACCUUGGAAGCACCCAUGGAACCUACAUUGGAAAAAUUAGACUUGAAAGUCAAAAACCCACACAGCUUCCAGUAAACUCUACAUUUCAUUUCGGGGCAUCCACAAGAAUGUACACCUUAAGAGAAAGACCUCAAACUGCGCCCAAGCCUGUCAUGGAGGAGCUGGAGAGAAUGACAGAAGAUAGUGAUGGAGGUCUUUUAGGCCUCCCAGAGACUGAAACAGAGUUAGAUAACCUAACAGAAUUUAACACUGCCCACAAUAGACGUAUAUCAAUGUUAGGUAUUGGUGAAGAUGAUCCCAAACAAAGAGGACUUAAAAGGCACAAAUAUAAUGUAAGCUUUAAAGAUGAAGAGGAUGUCAUAAACCCAGAAGAUGUAGAUCCAAGUGUUGGGAGAUUCAGAAACCUUGUUCAAACUACUGUGGUGCCUUCAAAGAAACGGCGGUUGGACAUUAGCGGACUUGUGUCUAGUAGCAGUGGACGCGAUCAUGAAGGAGGUAAUAAAAAUCAGAUUCAGUUUCCUCGUAGUGAUGGCUUAUAUUCAGAUUUACCACCAGAACAACAUGGGCAUGGAGGGGCUCAUCACUCCAUGUUUUCCUCGCUGUUAUCAUCAAAACUUGGUUUACCACUACCAAAUCCUGCACCAGAGGUCGAACUUGUACCUCCAGAACCUGUUGCUCCUGAGGUACCUGCUCAUCUUCAAGUUACUGUGGAUCCAGAUGAACCUAAGAAGAAGAAAUAUGCCAAGGAAGCUUGGCCGGGCAAGAAACCUACUCCAUCUCUGCUUGUGUAGUAAAGAGAGUAGCAAAAGUGGUUAAAAGAUGCAGAUUUAUUUGAAUGCUACCAUAAUUUUAUAACAUAUUUUAAUGAAAGAAAAACACAAUGCUCCAUCAUUUUGUUGGAGCUUUGCUCUUGAUAUAUAUAUUUGUAUUUUUCUAGUGUCUGUUUGUUAUUGAUACAAGCUUGAGAUGAGUGUUGCAGAACUAGAGCAUAGUCAUGAAUAAAGCCAUGAUCGGGUUAAAAUUUUGGUGCUCAUCUUGGUCAGUCUGAAUUGAGGCCAUAAGCACUAGGUCAGUAUGUUGUGUGUCUCAUACACUGAGUGUCAGCAUUAAUAGUUAAUGUAAGUAGUUUUCAUGAGUGAAUGGUACAUUAUCAUUUUCAUCCCUGUGCUUGCAAUUGUUUAAUAGAGUAUUGUUAUUAGUAAUUUUUAAGUUUAAUUAAGACAGUAGGUAGUUAAUUGAUAACUGAAUAAAUAUUUGUAUUUA